AUAUGUACACACGCGAACACGGGACUCUACUGUUAACAAUCCAAAGAGUAAAGUUCCAUUACUGCCCCUACACCUACCAUCUAUAUAAAUUCAUCAUAGAGUCAUAUUCUAGGAGCACGAUCAACAUAUAUAAGAUACACACAGUAAUUGCUAGUUGGUAGGUUUUCUUAGAAAGCAGAGAAUGAAAAUGUCGUCUAAGGUCAUUAGUGCCACCCUUUGCCUUGCAGUGUUAUUCCUCUUCUUAACCUCCACAUAUGCUGGAAGACUUGGCCCUGCUUCUUCCUCUUUCACUUCAACCAAAACUCAACAUGUGGCUUUGGAAGAGGAGAAGUUAGACGUGGAGGAAAGUUGUGAUGGUAUUUCAGAAGAAGAUUGCUUGAUGAGAAGAACACUUGUGGCUCACACGGAUUAUAUCUACACACAGAACCACAAACCAUGAGAUUCAUACCUGUUUCUCAUAUCAGAUGCAAGCUAUAUAUAACUCCCUCGCUUAUCAUUGUAAUUAUGCAUAAGCAAUACUUUUCACAUACAUACAUAUAUAUAUAAUCCACUUUUGAAACACUUAGUUUUCUUUUCCUUCUUUUCCUGCAGCUGCUGAUAGGAGUUUCUUAUAAUCUGUAUUAAAAGAAGUAUUCCUUUUUGUUUCAUAUUGUAAACCGAUGCAUAUAUGUGGAUGUCGAUUUUGAUUGAUAUAAAUUUGGAUAUUACCCUUA